AUGACUCAAUUCAAAGACCUGCCUCCUGAGCUGCGUGUUGACAUAUGGAAAUUGGCGCUGCCCGAGGAAGGCCCGGCAAUCUACAAUAUUACCCAGGAUUAUAUCGUGUCGUUCAUCCCAACAUGGUAUAAUGCUAGAGAACACACCGGUCCUGUACGAUGUCUCCCGCCUCGUAUCCAGGUCCCUAUCCCUGCCAUGUACAACGCGUGCAGGGAGUCUCGCGCUGUGGUCGAUAUCUGGAUGAGGAAGAAGGAUAUCAGUUGGUUUCUUCGCCCAGAGACACAGGGCCAUAUCCUCGUCCGCGCCAUGGAUCCGCAGCGCGAUAUCAUCUACAUGCCCAUUGAUGACUGGAUCACAAUCCGCCACUUCCUUGUCAUGAACGACGUGGCUCCCGCAGAGCAGCAAAAUCUUCGCGAUACUUUCGUCAACGUUGCUUUCUCAGCCCACACAUUCUCUCAGGACCAAAACAUGGAGGACAUAGCUCAGAUGCUAAGUUUGUCCCCGAACAUGAAAAAGAUUUAUAUCAUCUACAACGAUCUUCCCCCGGUGAGAAAGGUCACACUAGUCGGUGAGCAUCGCGAGUGGUGGAUAGACGUUUCUGUGCAGCCGCGCUGCGAGAUUGCCUCGUUCCCCAAUCUGCACGAGACAGUUCACAUACACCGGUUGGAUAGGAAUGAGUACCUCAACAGGUUCGAGAAGGGCCGGCUCUCAGAAUUUGCAGCGUCGACCGAGUCAUGUUGGAAAGUCUGGGGGGCUGAAAUGCCGGACAUGACCAACGAGAUCACGGGCGAGAUCAGGGCGCAGGUGUAUAACGUGACGGUGAUGCAAUUGCCUACUUGGACCUGGUUUGCAGGGUAUGAUUACUUGCAUUAG